UAUUUAUAAUAACUUUUUUUAAUCACAAGUUAAAAAUUUCCUAACCAACCAGAAAAAGGAAAUUAAUGAUUUAUGUUAUAUAUAAAGGACAUGCUCACGGUAACUUAUGAGAAUAAUUUUAUUGAUAGUAAGUGUACUGAUCUCUUCAACAUACCAUGAUGCAUUUUGGACUAACCCAACGUGAGCUACUUCAGUAUACACAGACUACACAGCCGAAUGUUUUGAAACCUGGAGUCAUAGAUGAAGUAGUGAAUGUGUUAUUGAAACACUAUGAAAAAUGUGAAGAUGAACGAAUCCACAGGUUAGCUGAAAUCGAACGUAAACGUAUGCAAAAUCUGGAAGCAGAAACUGAACUAAAACAGAUACAUUUGUGUUUAAAGAAAGAACCCAAAUGUCAGACUAAGAAAUUGACCAGAAAGACUGUAAAACCAUCUAUACAUUGGAUGGAAACCCAGAAACCUGGGAUGCAUCCACCACCAGAUUCAGACAAAUGCAAAAAAAUAAAAGAUGAUGAUCUAUUAGCUAAGGCAGAAAAUGAUAUUUCCAACGAAACGGAUAAUGAUCCGAAAAACAGAUAUACCGAUGUAUAUCAAUCAAAUCGGCUAAAAGAAUUAGAUCCAGAUGCAUGCUUACAUUUACCUCUUGGUUUGGUAAGAAAUCCAACUCCAAGAACAAAGAAGUUUUUAUCAUCCGAGACUAAUGAAUCACUUUAUUCUACGGCAAAUCAAAUAGUUUAUUCAUCAUCUGAAGAUCAAGCACAGAAACGCUGAAUAAGGAAAGGAAGCAACAAUUUAAUUCAAUUGAUAGAAUAUUGUAUAAUGAAUGUUUUUCUCAAGAAAACAAUCAGUAUUUACAAGAACCGUUUUAUUGAUGUUUAUUGUUCUUUUUUUUCAUAAAUUAUAAAUUUUGAUUGGCAUUGUAAAACUUUCCAUUUUCAGUUAUGUUAUCAGUAAUCAAUUAAGCCAAAAAAAAUAGUUUAUUUCACUCCAGUUUUAACAUUACUCUGCUUUUUAACGAUUCAAUAGUUUGUAUUCCAGUAAGCAAAAGUUACAUCACAAACAGUUUUAAGUGUAUUUUAAUUAUUUAAAUUAAAAUUUCAGACAUUAA